GCGAAUCAUAUGUAAGCCAAUUCUUAGUGGGUUUUGUAUUUCCUGCAUGUCCGCCAUCAGUUCUGUCAUGAAGCAGUGCCCCUCGGUUGGUCUACUGUACUGCCGGGGAUACGCGCCAAAUAUAUUUGUUGUACUUCCCUAUCAUCCAUAUUACAAUAGUCCGAUUUCUAUUUGUCAGUUAUAGAAUUAUUUUAGAUCGAAGUCCCCAAGUCCUGUACGUUACAUUCAAAAUUCCAAGUACCAUGUACGCCAUUGAGAGAGAUCCGGAGCUUAAGCAGCAACAGGACAAAGGCAGUGAGUCGCUGGAGGAAGGUGCUUCUUCCGCCACGAUGUGCCCGGAAAAGAGCAGCGAGUCGCUGGAGGAAUGUGGUUCAUUCGACUCGAUGCUGUGUCCGGCGGACAUGUCAGCGCGAAGCAGGAAGGCCUACCUGCAGCACAUGAUGGACGAACUACCCAGGCCAGUGCACAACCGAAUUUUGGCAAUGAAGCACAGUCAGAUGGAGCAGAUCAAGAUUUCGGAGCAGUUCUAUCGGGAGGUGUACGAGCUGGAGAAGCGCUACUAUUUGCAGUGCGCUGAGCUGUUCGAUUCGCGGCGCGACGUCGUUGACGGGUCUGUGGAGCCAGAACCAAUGGAGCCCAGCUGGAGUGAGCAGCACGACGAUCUGGUCGCCGAACUCCAGGCCAGCAAGGAGUUCCACCAGCUGACCGAACUCAUGCCCAAGAUGCCGGCUAAUGCAGUGGGCGUGCCCCGCUUCUGGCUGAGCAUCUUCCGGAAUGUGUCCCUGCUGUCGGACAUGGUGCAGCACCAUGACGAGCCGCUCCUCGAGUGCCUGAUGGACGUGCGCAUCAGCUACGAGCCGGAGAGCUACACCCUCAAGUUCCUGUUCCGGCCCAACAGCUACCUCGACGACUGCUCGCUGAUGCUUACCAAGAAGUACUUACUGCAGCACCAGGCCGACCAGGAAUAUCCGUUUAUGUUCGAGGGACCCGAGAUCGUGAGCUGCGAGGGCUGCCACAUUCAUUGGCGCGAUGACUCCAAUCUCACGAUGCAGAAAGUCGGUAGCGGCUACUGUGUGGAAAAUGCAAUUCAGCGCGAAUCCUUCUUUAAUUUCUUUUCACCGCCACAACCACAGGACUUGUCGCUGGCCGACGAGAAGACCAAGAUGCUGCUGGGAAACGACUUUGAGGUGGGCUUCCUGCUGCGCACCCAGAUCGUGCCCAAGGCCGUUCUGUUUUACACUGGCGACCUUGUGGAUAGCACGAACGAGGGACUCAGCGACAGCGAUUCCUCAGAGACAUCGGAUACCGACGCCGACACAGAUACAACUGCCCCUGCACCCACACACACGCCGGAGCAGCUGAGCGAUUGAUAAUGUGUUGGGUCUGGAAGCUGUUGUAUUGAAUAGAUAAUUGGCUUACAGUAA